AAGGAAAAAAUGCUUCCACGUAUACACAUUCCGCUCUCGGUAAUAGCGUAUAGUUGCCGCGACCUUUAUCAUUAUCGUAUCUACAUUCCCAUCACCAUCUCACGCCUUCUAUCUCUGCCCUCUACGUGACGGCUCCUUUACUUCGUUUUCCCCUCCCGAAUACUAACUUCGUCACGGGGAAUUCUCUCUUCUCUCGCAUGGAGCGAUUGUGGACUGGAAGUAGAAUCAAUAAGAACAAAAAAAUGGUAGAACAUUUGCAGAGUUCUGGAGUGAUUAGAUCGAAAAAGGUAGCUGAAGUAAUGGAAACUAUUGACAGGGCUUUGUUUGUGCCUGAGGAUGCCUCACCAUAUAUGGACAGUCCCAUGCAGAUAGGCUAUAAUGCCACUAUUUCUGCACCUCAUAUGCACGCCACAUGCCUCGAAUUGUUGGAAAACCAUUUGAAGCCUGGCAUGCAUUCUUUGGAUGUUGGUUCAGGAACGGGGUAUUUGACAGCAUGCUUUGCUAUCAUGGUUGGACCAGAAGGUCAUGCAGUUGGGGUGGAACAUAUUCCUGAAUUGGUUGAAUCAUCUCUUCAGAAUGUUCAGAAGAGUGCAGCAGCUCCGCUGUUAAAAGCAGGAUCCCUCGUGCUGCACACUGGUGAUGGUAGACUGGGCUGGCCUGAGCAUUCACCUUACGAUGCUAUUCAUGUUGGUGCUGCGGCACCAGAAAUUCCCCAAGCACUCAUUGAUCAGUUGAAGCCUGGCGGUAGGUUGGUGAUCCCGGUGGGUAACAUUUUCCAGGACUUGCAGGUUGUUGAUAAGAAUCCGGAUGGUUCAGUAAGCAUUCGAAGUGAGACUUCUGUUCGCUAUGUACCAUUGACAAGUCGAGAAGCUCAGUUACGGGGAUAAGGGUUGUAGUAUGAGUUUGGUAGGAAUCUGUGGUUCUGAACAUGUAAUAACAUAACUCCUAGUCGUCGUUCAUACGUCGUCUAUUUCAGUUUCUUGUACAGAGAAUGGUACACAGAUUUGCACACGAGUGUGAUUCAUUUGAUGGUUUUA